ACAUUUUGUAUGUUAGUUUGUGAAAUAUACCAGGGCAUGAAAGACGCGACACACACAAAUUUUUUUUGCAUCAAUUAAUACCAUGGAAACAAAUAGCAACGAAGGCGCUACAACGGUUGAUUCCGCCAUAAAUAUGGAUCCAUCGGAAAAAAAUAUGAAAACGGACGAUGAAUUUUACGAUGAUUCGGCACAAGGGUCUGAAUUUGAUAAUGCCGAAAAUGAUGAGGGUUUCGAACAACGUUUUCAAUCAGUCAAUCGUGGUGGAUUCAGAGGCCGAUAUCAAGGAAAUCCCGGUGCAAUAUCGCCGCGAUUCAGAGGUCGAGGAUUUGCACCAAAUCAAAUGGGUCAACAAAUACGUGGCCGUGGCGGACCACAAUUCUUUCGCGGCAAUCGUGCGGGUGCACCAAGAUUUCAGAAUUCCGGUAACUUUGAUCCAAAUUGGAAUAAUGGACCACAAAUGUAUGGCAAUAAUUCACACAUGGGUUUCGGAAAUCAACAAAAUGACCAGUCAAAUGCACCAUUUCAUCAGAGAAAUAAUUUCAAUCAAGUUGAAUUAUGGGUCGAGACUAAAACCGAUGAAGGCAAAUCGUACUAUUAUAAUGCAAUAAGUCGUGAAACAACGUGGACACGUCCAGAAGGCCAAUUUGUAAAAAUAAUGGGUCAGAGCGAAGUUGAAGCAAUGCAAGCAGCCAAAAUGCAACAACAACAACAGGCACCACAAGAUCAACAAAAGGCUGAUGCUCAAUCGGCUGCAUCGAAUCCAUCAGAAAGUGUACCGGUCACGGGUGAAAGUCAAUCAAAUGCUGAAAAUACCGAACCAACAGAGAGUGUUCAAUUAAAUGGUGAAAAUAAAACUGAAUCGAAUGGAAAUGUGGACGCAUCGGCUGGAUCAAAUCCAGCCACAAAUGAACCAGCUAAAAUCGAUGCACCCACGUCAAAUCAGCCGGCAUCACAACCUUCACCAGCACAGAAUCACCAAAAUACCGCUCAGCCAUUGAUGAAUAUGCCAAUGCAAAAUCAAGCACCGCCAGCACAAAUGCAAACACAAUUCAAUACACCGCCACCGUUCGGAUUCGGUAUGCCACCGCCAAAUUAUAUGUAUCCACCGAAUCCAUGGUCAAUGCCCUGGCAACAGCCAAUGCCACAAAUGGGAAACGAUAAAUCACGAAUCGAUCCACAGAUAAUGGCACGUGCAGCAGAAUGGAGUGAACAUCGAGCUCCCGACGGUCGACCAUAUUAUUAUCAUGCCAUUCGGGGUGAAAGCGUGUGGGAAAAACCGCAAGCAUUAAAAGACUUAGAAGCUGCUCGCAUGACUGGUCAUCCACAACCAUUCCCGCCUAUGGGUGCACCAGGAAUGAUGCCACCGAUUGUAAAUCCAUCAAUGCAUCCACAACAAAUUGUCUCGAAUGUGCCAUUUGAUGCAAUGAAUUUUAAAUCUGAUAAGAAACCUGACGAAAGCGAAGAGUCAAAAAUGGAAAAGAAGAAGAAAGAAGAAGCGGCCGCUAAAAAGAAGAAAGAAGACGAAGAAAAAGCCAAACAAACAUCAACUAAACCGCAAGACAAGAGUCGACCAAUAUCAUCGACACCAAUAGCGGGCACACCUUGGUGCGUUGUAUGGACUGGUGAUGGUCGUGUUUUUUUCUACAAUCCAUCAACACGAACAUCGGUAUGGGAACGACCAGAAGACCUAGUUGGCAGAGCCGAUGUUGACAAAGCUGUAGCAGCGACUCCAGCUAACGCACCUAACGCAGCGGCAGCAACAACAGCUGCAGCAACCACUGCAGAAGAUACAACAAUAGCAACAAAGCGUUCCGAAUCCGAGUCGAGUACCGAAAACGAGGUACCAAAUAAAAAGCCUAAAUUAGCUGAAACAUCGUUAGAAAGUACAAAUACGCCACCAACCACUGCCGUACCGGCUACAGCGACCCCGACAAAACCGGUCACUGACAAAAAGAACGAUAUGGGCAAAGAGGCGGCCAUCGAAGCUGAAGUUCGUGCUGCCCGAGAACGUGCACUUGUACCACUUGAAACACGUGUUAAACAAUUCAAAGAUAUGUUAAAAGAAAAAGAUGUAUCUGCCUUUAGUACUUGGGAAAAAGAAUUGCAUAAAAUUGUUUUUGAUCCACGUUAUUUGCUCUUAACGUCUCGUGAACGAAAACAAGUAUUUGAAAAAUAUGUCAAGGAACGGGCCGAAGAAGAACGACGCGAAAAGAGAAAUAAAAUGAGACAGAAACGUGAUGAUUUCCGUUCACUUAUGGAAUCGGCAAAUCUCCAUGGAAAAUCAUCGUUUUCUGAUUUCGCGCAGAAGUUUGGCAAAGAUGAACGUUUCAAGGGCAUAGAGAAGAUGCGUGAUCGCGAAUCAAUAUUCAACGAAUUCAUUUUGGAAGUGCGUCGUCGCGAAAAAGAUGAAAAAAUCCAGAAGAAAGAAACGAUUCGUAAGGAUUUUCUAGCAUUGUUGCGGGAAUGCAGUGAAAUAACGCGUCACAGCCGUUGGGCGGAUGUAAAGAAGCUCAUCGAUGGCGACAAAAGGUAUCGAGCUGUUGAAAGUUCCUUGUUACGUGAGGACUAUUUUCAUGAUCACUGCAAAAUCUUGAAGGAAGAAAAGCGAAAGCAGAAGGAGAAAGAACGUGAUCGCAAAGACAAAAAGGAUCGAGAAAAGGACAAGGAAAAGGAAAAGGAUAAAGACAAGCAUCGCGAUAAGGAUCGUCGUGAAAAAGGUAAAGAAGAAAAAGGUAAAAAACAAAAUACCAGCAAAGAUGAGGAAAAAGCCAGUCGUAACGAAUCUGACAAAGACGAUCAGGAGGAUGGUGAACAUCAAUCGUCAACGUCAGAAGAUGAAUCGGACAAACAUCAGAAGGAGCGUGACCGGCAAAUGCGUGCAAUUGUGGAACGUGAGAAGGAGGUGCAACAACAAUUGGCCGGCCACAUGCGAAAUUUGCACAAGGAACGUGAACAUCACAAACGUGACGAAGCAAUUCGACAUUUUAAUGCGUUGCUUGCCGAUUUGGUGCGUAAUCCAGAUCUCACGUGGAAAGAGGUAAAAAAACUAUUGCGUAAAGAUAGUCGUUGGGAAUCCGUUGAACAGCUGGAUCGUGAGAAUCGCGAACGUAUUUUCAACGAUCACAUCUUUCAAUUGGGUGAAAAGAAACGUGACAAAUUCCGUGAAAUGCUUGAUGAACUCACAUUGGAUUUGACCGCAUCAUGGAAAGAUGUAAAGAAGCAAAUUCGUGACGAUCCACGCUACUUAAAGUAUAACAGUAGUGAAAAAUGUGAACGUGAAUUCAGGGAAUACGUACGCGAUAAGACAACCGAAGCCAAAAAUGCAUUCAAAGAACUGCUACAGGAAUGCAAAUUAAUUACGUACAAAAGUUUUGAAACAGUCAAGGAAAAUCCACUGCAUCUUAAGGAAAUUGAAGACAUUUUGAAAAAUGAUAAACGGUUUCUAACAUUGGAUCAUAUUCAAUACGACCGUUCGCAUAUUUUGAUGAACUACUUAGAAGAAUUGCAUAAACGUGGCCCGCCUCCACCGCCGACGGCCUCAGAUUCCAGCAGACGAAAAUAAUCCUUGUGAAACUCCAAUGGUAUCUUUAAUUAAUUAUAUCGCCACAAAUGAGAGGCAUGCUGUUUAUGAACAAAGUCAUAAUUUGAUAGCCGUGCACCGUCUCUUGAAAUUUGAUCUCGU